AUGGCCCCGCUCCCGGCCCCCCCGCGCCGCCCCCGGCCCCGGCCCCGGCCCCGGCCCCGCUCCCGGGCCCGGAUCCCGCUCCCGGUGUCGCUGCUGCUCCCGUUGCUGCUCCCGUCGGUCGCUGCCUUCAACCUGGAGGCGUCGCGGCCCGAGAUUUUCCGCGGGGCCCCCGGGUCCCUUUUCGGCUUCGCUCUGGAUUUUUACCUGCCCGAGCCCCGCAGUGUCAGCAUCCUGGUGGGGGCCCCCAAGGCCAACACGAGCCAGCCCAAUGUGACCCAGGGGGGGGCCGUGUUCCACUGCCCGUGGCCCCCCGGGGGCGACUGCACCCCCAUCGACUUCGACCACAUCGGGACCCGGACCCACGACUUUGGGGGCAACAGCAGCGACGGCGCCGAGCCCGUGGAGUUCAAAUCCCUGCAGUGGUUCGGGGCCACCGUGAGGGCCCACAACGGGUCCAUACUGGCCUGUGCCCCCCUGUACAGCUGGAGCCCCCCCAAGGACGAGGGGGGGGCGCGGGAGCCCGUGGGCUCCUGCUUCCUCUCCAUCGGCAACUUCUCCAAAUUCGUGGAGUACGCUCCCUGCCGCUCAGACCUGAACUCGGCGGCAGGACAGGGUUACUGCCAGGGGGGCUUCAGCGCCGAGUUCACACAGACCGGGCGGGUGCUCCUGGGGGGGCCUGGCAGUUACUUCUGGCAAGGGCAGGUGAUGUCGGCGACUCAGGAACAAAUCACGGCCGGGAACUUCCCCGAGUACCUGAUCCAGGCGGUGCCGGGACAGCUCCAGACGCGCCAGGCGGCCCCGAGCCACGACGACAGCUACAUGGGGUACUCGGUGGCAGUCGGGGAGUUCAGCGGUGACAGCACACCAGAUUUCGUGGCCGGUGUCCCCAAGGGCAACCUCACCUAUGGCUAUGUCACCAUCCUCAAUGGCACCAACAUGAGGUCCCUGUACAACUUUUCGGGGGAGCAGAUGGCCGCGUAUUUUGGCUACGCCGUGGCCACCACUGACGUCAACAACGACGGACUCACGGACCUGCUGGUGGGAGCCCCCCUGUUCAUGGCCCGGAGCGGUGCUGGGGGGGCUCGGGAGCUGGGCCGGGUGUACCUGUACCUGCAGGGGGGGGGUGGGACCCCCCCCGAGCCCCCCGGGCCCCCCCUGACCGGGCAGCACGAGUUCGGGAGGUUCGGCAGCGCCAUCGCCCCCCUGGGGGACCUGGACCGGGACGGAUACAACGACGUGGCCGUGGGGGCCCCGCUGGGGGCCGAGGGUCGCCGGGGGCUCGUGUUCAUUUUCCGGGGAGGGGGCUCGGGGCUGCACCCCCAGCCCGCCCAGGUGCUGCGGGGGCUGGGGGGGCCCCGGGCCCAGCCCGACUUCUUUGGGGCCGCCCUGCGCGGGGCCACCGACCUGGAUGGCAACGGCUACCCCGAUCUCCUGGUCGGCGCCUUCGGGGCGGACACGGCGCUGGUUUACAGGGGUCGCCCCAUUGUCCAUGCCAGCGCCACCCUGGCCAUUGUCCCCACCAUGAUCAACCCCGAGGAGCGCGGCUGUGUCCUGCCAGGCAGCGGCCACCACGUGCCAUGCAUCAAUGUCACCUUCUGCCUCAACGCCUCGGGACGUCACCUGCCCGGACCCAUCG